CGCCGCGGUCGCGGUACCCCGAUCCGGCGCCGCUCGGCGGCGGCGGCAACGGACGCGGUCGCGGCGGCAAUGGCGGCGGCAGGUACGACGAGAGCGAGUUCUUCCACGACGCGCUCCACGGCGGCGCGACGUUCGGGGAUCACCUCGACGGCGCGCUCGGCGUCGACGCCGGCCCGAUCGACGAGCUCGACGGCGACGACGAGAUCGAGCAGCAGGAGUGGCCCUCCCCGGCGGAGCUCCUCGCGGACACGAAAGCGAUGCUCGCGACCGCGGACGAUCUGAUCAAGCGCGACGGGAAGAACCCGCCGCCGGAGGCGAUGCGACGCCUCGACGCGCGCCUCCGCGCCAUCGUCGCGUCGCAAAAGACGACGCCGCGCGACGACCAAAAGCGCCAGACGCUGUUGCGACGCUUCGCCGACAUGCUGCGGCGCAAGUUCCCGGGCGUGACGCUGCGACCGUUCGGGUCGUUCGUCUCCGUGUUCCACACCGCGAGCUCGGACAUCGACAUCUCUCUCGAGGUGGCGCCGAGCAGCAAGUGGUACGACCCGAAGGAGAUGGGACCGGCGGCGGCGGCGGCAGCGCCGGGCGCGCGCGGCGCGGGGCGCAACCGGAGGCUGCAGCAGCCGCGCGGGUACAAGAGCCGGAAGGUGCAGCUGCUGCACAAGGUGGCGAGCGAGCUGCGGUAUCAGGCGUUCUCGGAGGUGAACCUCAUCGCGCACACGAGGGUGCCGCUGAUUAAGUUUAAGGACCCGCAGACGGGGGUGAACUGCGACGUGUGCGUGGGCAACGACGGCGUGUACAAGUCCGCGUGCUUGGGCGCGAUGGCGAACCUGGACAGCCGGUACCGCGACUUGGUGUUCCUCGUGAAGAUGUGGGCGAAAAAUUUCGACUGCAACGACGCCACCGCCGGGAGCUUCAACAGCUUCGCGCUGUCUCUCAUGAGCUUGUUCCACCUCCAGACGCGCUCGCCUCCGAUAUUACCCCCCGCGAUGCGCUUGACGCUGCAGAACGACGCCGCCGCGGACGCGGACCUCGCGGCGGAGAACGAGCGCGCGGCGAACCUGGAACCCAUACGCAAGUUCCCAGUGUCGAAGAUCCGGCAGCAGUCAGGUGCGAAUAAUGCAUUUCACCCAUCGCCCGGUUUCAACAUUUGAUCGCGUCCCCUUUCAACUGACCACUGAACUUUUUUUGUAUGGAAUGGCCCUCAGACGCGCUGCGAGAUAUCGGCCCCGUGGAGCAAAGAGCGCGACGGUGGGAAAAUUGCGGCGCGGCGAACGACGCGAC